GCUCAGGCCGGGCUGGCCAGCGUGGCGGAGGGAGGGCGCAGGCCCCAGCACUGGGGAAAGUUUGUCCGCCGCUGCUACAACAGGGAUUUGACCAGGACGUGCCGGGGGGCCCAGAGCCCAGCCCAUACCUCUUGCUAGCUAUGGGCCAUCGCCCACCUGUCCUCCUGCUCUGUGCCUCUGUGUCCCUGCUGGGUGGCCUGACCUUUGGCUAUGAACUGGCGGUCAUAUCCGGUGCCCUGCUACCACUACAGCUGGACUUCGGGCUGAGUUGCCUGGAGCAGGAGCUCCUGGUGGGCAGUCUGCUCUUGGGGGCGCUCCUCGCUUCCCUGGUGGGGGGCUUCCUCAUUGACUGCUAUGGCAGGAGACGGGCCAUCCUGGGGAGCAAUGUGGUGCUGCUGGCUGGCAGCCUGAUUCUGGGUCUGGCCGGCUCACUACCCUGGCUGCUCCUGGGCCGCUCAUCCGUCGGCUUCGCCAUCUCACUGUCUUCCAUGGCUUGCUGUAUCUACGUCUCAGAGCUGGUGGGGCCGCGGCAGCGGGGGGUUCUGGUGUCCCUCUAUGAGGUGGGCAUCACUGUGGGCAUCCUGUUUUCUUAUGCUCUCAACUAUGUGCUGGCUGGCAGCCCUUGGGGCUGGAGGCACAUGUUUGGCUGGGCAGCUGCACCUGCUCUCUUGCAAUCGCUCAGCCUCCUUCUCCUCCCUGCCGACGCACAGGGCACAGCAGCCCACCAAGACCUCAUCCCGCUCCAGGGAGGGGAGGCCAGCAAACCCGGCCCGGGGAAGCCACGGUACACCUUUCUGGACCUCUUCAAGACCCUGGACAGCAUGCGGAGCCGGACUGUAGUAGGAUUGGGACUGGUGCUAUUCCAGCAGCUAACAGGACAGCCCAAUGUGCUGUAUUAUGCCUCCACCAUCUUCAGCUCUGUGGGCUUCCACGGAGGCUCCUCAGCUGUGCUGGCUUCUGUGGGGCUUGGUACUGUGAAGGUGGCUGCCACCCUGACCGCCACGGGGCUGGUGGACCGUGCAGGCCGUAGGGCCCUUCUGCUUUCUGGGUGUGCUCUCAUGGCCUUGUCUGUCAGUGGCAUAGGCCUGGUCAGCUUUGCUGUGUCUCUGGACUCAGGCCCCAGUUGCCUGGCCACAUCCAACGCCACUCGGCAGGUGGACCUGCCUCAAAGCUCAGGUCUGCUUAAGGGUUCAUCUCCACCACCAGUACUACGGACCGGUGGGGACCAAGGACAACCAGUCCUGCCAGCCACUGAGGGGACCAAGCCCCAUCCAGUCACCACAGUGUCCCUGGGACCAGCUGUUAAUGCCACCUCCCCGGUUCCCCCGGGUCCCAUCCUGGAGCAUACUCUGCUUUGCUGGUCUGCACUGGUUUGCAUGAUGGUCUAUGUGAGUGCCUUCUCCUUUGGAUUUGGACCAGUGACCUGGCUGGUCCUCAGUGAGAUUUAUCCGGCGGAGAUCCGUGGGAGAGCGUUCGCCUUCUGCAGCAGCUUCAACUGGGCGGCCAACCUCCUCAUCAGCCUUUCCUUCCUCGACCUCAUUGGUGCCAUCGGCUUGGCCUGGACCUUCCUGAUCUAUGGGCUGACUGCUGUCCUUGGCCUGGCCUUCAUCUACUUGCUUGUUCCGGAGACAAAAGGGCAGUCACUGGCUGAGAUAGAGCAGCAGUUUCAGAUGAACAGGUUUCCUCUGCGCUUUGGCCACAGGCAGAACCCCAGCGGAAUCCAGUACCACCGCCUGGAGGUCUCCCCAGCCUCCUGAGGCUCCUGUCUGCUUCGAAGGUGCUGGCACAUUGGUUUCUGCAGCUCCAGCUCCCUGCCUACCGGGGCCUGGAACUCAUGAUCCAGGUUUCCUUCUGUAGUGGCCCUGCCCCAAAGGGUGCCUCUUGCUGGGGUGAGAGAUGAACCCUCUACUCUUCGUUUUGAGUGUGAGACUCCAGGGACUCUGGAAGAUCCGGCCCCAUGCCUCAGUUUCCCUGUGGCGUUGGCUUGUCUGCAAUGUUUAUAAUGACAUCCUCUGUGGUGUCUCCACCAAGGGCUUCUCAGAUGACCCGGGAAGGAAGUGUCUUCCGCCGCCAGCCCUGAGCCAGGAGAGAUCGCAAGUCUCUGCCUUCCUUGUCCACUUGCCAGGGUCUUAGUGAUCGGGAGCCGGUUUGGGUCACUCCCUUCCUCUUACCCAGGAUAUUUAUCGGGCCCUGGGACUCUGACUGAGGACGAGAGGCUGUUGCUAGGAUGGCUUUAUGACCCUGGCCUCAGUUUCCUCCACGUGUCGCACAGAAGCCUUGACUAGGCUGCUCCUAAGUCUCAGAGCAGGGACAUUAAACACCCAGCGAGGGCUCUGUCACGUCACAUGGUCCUGGGACAGAAGCUUUCUUAGUAGAGAGUGUACCUCGAUUCGAGAGUCAGGAAUGCAAGAGCUGGUCCCCAUCAUGUGACAAGUGCCAGGGUAAGGCAGGGAUCUUUGAAGGAAGGAAGAAGGGGUUGGAGGGACUCACCCAAGUGUUGGUGGUUGUGGCUUCUACUUUGGGUGCUAUUGACAACCUCAAGCUUCAAUCUUUUCAUCUGCAGAAUGGGCAGAGUUGUGCCCCUCAGAAUAUAUUGACUUCCCCCAUCUCCUUCAGGAGGGUCUUUAGUGAGCUCUGGGGGCUUCUGCCCACUGUGUUACACAGGGCACCUCCUUUGGGGCAUUGUAAGGAGUCAGUCAGCUGGAGUCCAGCAAGUGGCUGAGGUCAGAGGUGGCAUAAGGAGGACGUAAAAAAGAUAGAGUUGGUUUCUGGACACUGGGUAGCUGACCUCACUGGCACUGUAAGUCACACCCUUUUGGUUCCCAAGCCUGGCCCGGUGACCUUGCUCUUCUUCUAGAUACUUCAUUUAUAGCCAGUGGUGUGCCGGAUUCAGCUUGUGCCGGCUGGCUCCUCAGGGUUGACGGCCACACAGUCAGGACUUCCGCAAACUGGUUGCUAAGCACUGCCAUUAUUUAAAAAAUUAAUUUAUAGUAAGCAAUUGAUGCAAUUCUAAUAGUCAGUACUCAGACUUCAUCAUCUCCCACCAGGUGUGGUGGCACACGCCUGUGACUCCAGCACUCAGAAGACUGAGGCAGGAGGAUUGAGCGCUCUGGGCCAGUCUGGUUUUAAACCUUGUCCCACUAAAUAAAUAGGUAAAUAAAAAAGGCAAACCUCUGUU